AUGGGAAUCAAAGGUCUGCACGGGCUUCUGAAGUCCAUACAAAAACCAUGCCAUAUCAAGAAAUUUAGCGGGCAGACUCUUGGAGUCGACGCAUAUGGAUGGCUGCACCGCGGCACCGUUGCCUGCUCUGUAGAUCUUGUCUUGGAGAAUCCGACCAGGAAACACCUUGAUUUCGUCCUUAACCGAGUUCGGAUGCUUCUGUUCUUUGGUGUGAAACCCUACCUCGUGUUCGAUGGUGACAACCUUCCCAGCAAAGCAGGCACUGAACAAGAGCGCGCUCGUCGACGUCAAGAAAGCAAGGCACUUGGUCUUGAGCUGCAACGAAAGGGACGGAUGCCAGAGGCCUACCAAGAAUUCCAGAAAGCCGUCGACGUGACACCAUACAUGGCUCGACAAUUGAUUGAGGAACUGAAGCAGAUGAAUGUACAAUAUGUGGUGGCGCCGUACGAGGCAGAUGCACAAAUGGUCUACCUGGAACAGCAAGGUUACAUUGACGGAAUCAUAUCAGAAGACUCGGACUUGCUUGUGUUUGGAGCCAAGCGUCUGCUGUCAAAAUUGGACCAGCAUGGAGAAUGCAUUGAGAUCAACCGGGCCGAUUUUGGUGCUUGCCGUGAGGUCAGCUUGGCCGGCUGGAGCGAUGCAGACUUCAGGACCAUGUGUAUUUUGAGUGGUUGUGAUUAUUUGGCGAACAUUCCUAAGAUGGGACUCAAGACUGCUUAUCGCAUUGUUCGCAAGCACAGAAGCGUGGAAAAGGCCCUCCGCAUGCUUCAGUUUGAGGGUAACUUCCGGGUUCCCCCCGACUAUCUGGCCAAUUUCAAACAGGCGGAGUUGACAUUUCUCUACCAGCGAGUCUUUUGCGCCAAGGCCAAGAAAUUGUUGACUUUGACACCGCCAGAGGAAGGUGUCAAUUUGAAUGAUAUGCCAUUUAUUGGUGGAGAUUAUGAACCCGAGCUUGCAAUCGGCGUUUCUUCUGGCGACCUGGACCCCUCCACGAAGGAGCCAAUUAGAUUGAAACCAUGGGCUGCUAACAGGUUCUCUCAGGGAAUUCAUCGUCGCCAGACGCUAGGUACAUCCUCCGAGUUGAAAUCGCGGAAGCCUGCUAUCAAUGAUUUCUUCACUCCAAAGAGAAUGCCUCUAGCUGAAUUGGACCCCAACAGCCUGACUCCAUCGCCCAGCCAGCAGCGACUUUUGGAGCGUAAUUUCAACAACUCCUGGCAACCAAAUCUCGCCCCGUCCCGCUCUAACUCUGUUCGAUCAACGCCCCUACGGGCAUUCUCUGCACAAGGGCUGAGUCCCUCAAUCAGAAAUGCAGAGCGCUCCUCAUUUAUCGCUCAAAGUGCAGUAUCACCUGUUCUACAAGCCACCAAGAGACAGAGGCUGUGCUCCGAAAACGAAGGAGACUCUCUACCUGUCUGCUCUCCCGCCCGCAGCCGGUAUUUCACCACCACUUCAAAUCAAGCUAGCCCCAGCGCGCAAAAGCUGUUCACGCCUAAGCGAUCACGCAAAUCAGUGGUUGGGGUAUUCUCCGAUGAAGAUGCGGAAGACAUUAUGUCUAGCAUUCCCGAUCCCACUUCCACGCCUGGACCCACAGAAUCUCGCACUGAAGGCAAGCUAGGUACAUUUGGCCAGCCUGGCGAAGUUGAAACUCCUUCCAAACCCUCCAAAAUCGAUCAGGCCGUCGAGAAAGAUAUAGAGGCACCCAAAGAUAUUUCCCAUGGCGCCCUCGCCAACUCCCCGGGCUUCAACCAGGCUCUGGAGUAUCAUGUCAGCCGACAAAACUCGGACAUUGCUGCAAAGUUCACCUUUAGAUCGGAGCCUAAGUCUGACACAACAAGCGUCCCCGUGGUGACGAAUUCCCCUGUGGCCCAGCCUAAUCGUCUACCUGUACCACCCUCUACGCCUAACAGCCCUGUCUCAAUUUCCCGGGGAAAUGUCGCCCAGCGACGCUUGACACCACUCCAACGGAUGGGGCACAAUGCGCUUCGCCGUUCCAACAGCCUCAACUUUCCCAGCAAGCUUCGAGCCAGCCAGGCUGCUGCACCCCUCGUCAAGGAACGUUCUCCGGUUGCCCCGCAGUGCUCUUUCAUGGGAACCCAAGGCAGCGAGGAUCUUAUGGUUCCAGACAGCGACGAGGACGAAGAAUCGGAAGCCGAAUCAUCCGCGACUCCACUAGACCUCGCACGAUUCUCUUUUUCCGCACAUUAA